AUGACGUCGAACGGUCGUUACUCAGGAGAUGAGCACAGCAUGAGCGGCAAGCAGUUGACUGUGCGACUGGGCAAGGACACCAGCUUAGCCCACGAGACGAAGAAUACGUUCAUCCACAUCCCAAUUGAAGACUGGGAUUUCCAUUUUGAGGAAAGAAGAAACCCAAGCGCUCCUCCAGCGAUGGAGCGGGCGCGCUUGAACGUUGCUGAUGGGGCUGAUGAGAGGACUCUCCUUCAAUGCUUUCCACCGCAGUCCGUGGCUGUGGCUCCGUGGCCAAAAGUCAAGUGCAGCUCAAGCUCUGAUGGAAAAGGUGGAACAGCAGUUCUGCGGGGAUUCAGACCAAACGAAGAAGCUCGCUGCGCAGAUAUUUUGACCUCGUUUGCGCAGAGUCGCAACACUUGGGGAAGGCAAGGAGCUCUGGAGCUUGUGAAUUCCAAAGCCUUAGAGCGUAACUUUAGCUGUGCAAGCUGCGCCAUACGCCUCGCGUCCAAAGCCAAAAUCGAAUGCAAAGAGGAAGACAUUGGAAAAGCAAUUUUCUUGAAGUGGGAGUCGAGGCAGAUGCAAGAUGGCAAGACGGUAACGGUAAAGAAUGUGUGGUUUGAUCUGAAGGUCGGUCCACCCCAGUCUCAUUGUGCCUACGGAAGAGAUGCCAAAAAGGAAGGUCUCUAUUUUUGCCUCUACUACAUUGGCUACAACCUGAAAGGAACUGAGAAGCUUCGGAUCAUUUCCGAACCAGAACAUGCUCCUGAUUUCAGGGAGAUCUUUAAGCAGAAGGGGCUGAUGGAACGAAGCAGCAAGAUGGUGUCCAUAUUGCUGAGCCGGUCGGAGUGCAUAGAUGUCAAGAACCAGUUGAUGAACAAAAUGAUGCAUCUCGCCUGCGAUUUCUUCACGAAUGUUGAGGAGACCAAGGAGACCGAGGAGACCAACGAGAGCAAAGAGACCAACGGGAGCGAGAGCAGAGAGACGAAAGAGACCAAAGAGAAGAAGGUUUACCAGGUCUUUGCCAUCUGCGGUGCUGGUCGUCACAAUUCAACAAUGCUGAUUGUUGGUCUGAAGGGCAUCUCAGCAACAUAUGCAAUUGGCAAAGGCCCCCACACAGGAACUCCGUACCAAGUUCAAGUUGACUUCCUGAAGAAUCUUUCGGCCAAGGCUGCUAAGGAUGAAGUGCCGAAGUAUUGGAUUUUCGAUGACUUUGACAAGAUCUUUCAACCGGGUGCUGAGGAACUCCUCGACAGACUCCUCAUUCUGUACCAGCUGCCUGAUGGCCGUAGAGUUGAUGCCUUGCUCAAGCGAAACCAUGGCAGCCAUGGCAUCCAGGUCGUGGAUUUGCGCCGAAAAGGACAAGGCGAAGCGCUUUGCGUGAUGCCAUUUCCUCACGAUCCAGAGGCCCCGGAGGCCCCGGAGGCCCCAGGGGCCCCGGAGGCCCCGGCCAGUCGGAGCGUGAAGAGGGUCUUUGUGGUUGGUCGCUGGCAGCUUCGCGAAGCAACCUUGAAGAACAUCACAGAUGUGGCCGAAAGGGCAGCUACGCGGAGACGACUUGCAACAAAGGCAGCCAAUCAGCAGCCAACCUGGAGAGAUGAGUGGUACAUCCCACAGUGGCUGGAGACCCAUUGGAAGUCAAAGAUUUUACCGAAGUAUUUAGAGCAAGCCUCGGCUGUCUCCGUGCUGACGAUCAACUCUCGGGCAGGACAACGAACAGGAGGAGCAAAGUAA